GAUUUGUGUGUAAUGCGGAACUUGAGGUUGCUGAAGAGCCUUCGUUGCUUGGAGCUGCAAGGCCCAGGCACGCCGCAAUGUUUCUCUGUUCGGACGGACACAGGCACGGUGCUCAUCGCUUCAGAAUACUCCGUCACAGAGUUGGACACACGAGCUGGCCAGGUACGUUACGCAUAACAGUGUUCUCCAAUCCUAUUCCUGGAGACCCACAUGGUGCAGGUUUUUGUUGCAGCCCAUCACUAACACACUGUAUUCAACUAUUCCUAUACCCAUCAUGUUCAGGUGGUGAAUGAGGUGUCAUUGACAGCUGAGAGCUAUCUUCCAGAGGAUGGCAGUGGGACAGUUGUUGGUAUCCAAGACUUACCAGACCAGGAGUCAGUGUGUGUGGCUACAGCCACUGGUGAUGUCAUUCUCUACAACCUGAACACUAACCAGGUAUCAAGAUUGAAGUAGUAACCCUGUUUAUUGAAAUUACAUAAGAGUGCAUUGACACCGUUACUCAUAACAGGUCUGUUCUGCCUCUGUUUUCACGUGUGUGUGUGUGUGUGUGUGUGUGUGUCCAUGUCCAUCUCAGCUGGAGUGUGUGGGCAGUGUGGACAGUGGUCUGUCAGCCAUGAGCUGGAGCCCGGACCAGGAGUUGGUCACUCUCACCACUGGUCAGUAUACCAACCACCUCUAGAUUAUGGUCAUUGACUUAAUAGUCUAUUGUUCAUGGGGUCUAUCAUGAGCCAUCAGAAGUAAUGCGCUCUCUUUCUUGAUACCUUUCAGGUCAGGACACCAUUAUCAUGAUGACCAAAGACUUUGAACCCAUCACAGAGGUUGGGAUCCAUCAGGAUGACUUUGGAGAGGGUAAGACUGAUCAAAUCACAUUAAAGAUGGGAUCGUAAUGUAAAAUCCCAAUGUAUGUACACUAUGCAUAUGGUUGACUGACACACCUUUUAUGUGUUUUAGGGAAGUUUAUCACAGUGGGCUGGGGGAAGAAAGAGACCCAGUUCCAUGGCUCAGAGGGCAAGCAUGCUGCCCAGAGGAAGACUAUAGUAAGGAAUAUUAUUAAUCUUUCACCCUAAAAAGAGCAGUUAAACACUACUUGAUGAAGGUCUCACUGUCUCUCUCCUCUCUCUCUGUGUGACAGGAGGUGCAGCCGGCCAUGUCGUGGGACGACCGCAGGCCAAGGGUGACGUGGAGAGGAGACGGGCAGCUCUUCGCUGUGAGCGCUGUUUGCCCCCAGACUGGUGAGAAUCAAUGUUUUUCACAAACUCUGUGGAGUGAAGUGAAACAAUUACUGUAAAAAUAUAUAUACUGUAGAUUGUGUUGGUAUCACAUACAUUGCAUAUGUGUGAUGUUUCAGGUGCCAGAAAGGUCAGAGUGUGGAACAGAGAGUGUGUCUUACAGUCGACAAGUGAAACCGUCAACGGUCUGGAGCAGUCACUGUGUUGGAAGUAAGAUUUCUGUGGAGAAUCCUUCAACAUCUUUGAGCACCUUGUUGUAUUAUGCUUUAGGUAACUCAAAUACAACAAAUAUCACAACAUGGUUUGCAUUUGAGCUACAUUGAAACCAAUGCCUUGUUUCAGACCGUCGGGUAGUUUGAUAGCAGCCACGCAGCGUCAUCCUAACAAGCACAGUGUGGUGUUUAUGGAGAAGAACGGCCUCCUACACGGGGACUUCACCCUGCCCUUUGGCAAAGAACAGGUCAAGGUACACUACCGGUCAAAAGUUUUAGAACACCUACUCAUUCAAGGGUUUUUAUUUAUUUUUACUAUUUUCUACAUUGUAGAAUAAUAGUGAGGACAUCAAAACUAUGAAAUAACACAUAUGGAAUCAUGUAGUAACCAAAAAAGUGUUAAACAAAUCAAAAUAUAUUUGAUGUUUGAGAUUCUUCAAAUAGCCACCCUUUGCCUUGAUGACAGCUUUGCACACUCUUGGUGUUCUCUCAAACCGUUUCACCUGGAAUGCUUUUCCAACAGUCUUGAAGGAGUUCCCACAUAUGCUGAGCACUUGUUGGCUGCUUUUUCUUCACUCUGCGGUCUGACUCAUCCCAAACCAUCUCAAUUUGGUUGAGGUCGGGGGAUUGUGGAGGCCAGGUCAUCUGAUGCAGCACUCCAUCACUCUCCUUCUAGGUAAAAUAGCCCUUACACAGCCUGUUGAAAAACAAAUGAUACGCCAUCCCAUCUGGUUUGGGCUUAGUUGGACUAUCGCUGUAGAAUGCUGUGGUAGCCAUGCUGGUUAAGUGUGCCUUGAUUUCUAAAUAAAUCACAGACAGUGUCACCAGCAGUGCACCCCCACACCAUAACACCCCCUUCUCCAUGCUUUACGGUGGGAAAUACACAUGCGGAGAUCAUGCGUUCACCCACACCGCGUCUCACACAGACACGGCGGUUGGAACCAAAACUCUCCAAUUUAGACUCCAGACCAAAGGACACAUUUCCACUGGUCUAAUGUCCAUUGCUCGUGUUUCUUGGCCCAAGCAAGUCUCUUCUUCUUAUUGGUGUCAUUUAGUAGUGGUUUCUUUGCAGCAAUUUGACCAUGAAGGCCUGAUUCACACAGUCCCCUCUGAACAGUUGAUGUGGAGAUGUCUGUUACUUGAACUCUGUGAAGCAUUUAUUUGGGCUGCAAUUCACUUUUAACAAGGCACACCUGUUAAUUGAAAUGCAGCUGGUUGAGAGAAUGCCAAGAGUGUGCAAAGGUGUCAUCAAGGCAAAGGGUGGCUAUUUGAAGAAUCUCAAAUAUAUAAAAUACAUUUUGAUUUGUUUAACACUUUUUUGGUUACUACAUGAUUCCAUGUGUUAUUUAAUCGUUUUGAUGUCUCCAGCCACACUAGUCAUAGACUGUUCUCUCUGCUACCGUAUGGCAAGCGGUACCGGAGCACCAAGUCUAGGUCCAAAAGGCUUCCUAACAGCUUCUACCCCCAAGCCAUAAGACUCCUGAACAGCUAAUCAUUGCUACCCGGACUAUUUGCACUAUUUUCAUUUCUUAAUGGUUAGGAUUUGGGGAGGGCAACUGAUCCUAGAUCUGUGUGACUGUUGCAGGUGAAGGAGCUGCUAUGGAACAGUGACUCCACUGUGUUGGCUGUGUGGCUGGAAGAUAUGACACCAGGAGAGGGCGGUCAAGUCAACACAUACAGUAAGAUCCUCUACAAAUUACUCCCAAUAUUAUUUCUUAACUUUAUAACAUGGGUUAAUCAAAUUGUCUUUCAGUCAAUUUGUUGCCUUUUUACCAAGCAGAUGUUCUAAUAUGUUAAACUGAUCUGGAUACUUUAUAGUAUCCAGGAUGAAGCCAACCGUGCCAUAGGUUUUUUUUUUUUUUAACCCCUGCCUCACUCCCUCUCCGUCCCUCCUCCAGUUCAGCUGUGGACAGUAGGUAACUACCACUGGUACCUGAAGCAGAACCUGUACUUUGGCAGCGACCCCCAGAGGGCACCAGCCUACGUGAGCUGGGAUCCUGAGAGGCCCCUGCGGCUGCACCUGGUGACCCGAGGCUGGGCCAGCCUGAACUACGACUGGGGCUGGAGCACCGACCGCAGCCACGGGGAGGACGGGCAGGACAACGCCAACGUGGCCGUGAUUGACGGGGGUGAGUUUUUAGUUUAACAUUUUUAAUUUCACCUUUAUUUAACCUGGUAAGCCGGUUGAGAACAAGUUCUCAUUUACAACUGCGACCUGGCCAAGAUAAAGCAAAGCAGUGUGAUAAAAACAACAACAACACAGAGUUACAUAUGGAAUAAACAAAACGUACAGUCAGUAACACAAUAGAAAAUCUAUAUACAGUGUGUGCAAAUGUAGUAAGUUAUGGAGGUAAGGCAAUAAAUAGGUCAUAGUGCAAAAUAAUUACAAUUUAGUAUUAACACUAGAGUGAUAGAUGUGGAGAAGAUGAUGUGCAAAUAGAGAUACUGAGGUGCAAAUGAGCAAAAUAAAUAACAAUAUGGGGAUGAGGUAGUUGGCUGGGCUAAUUACAGAUGGGCUGUGUACAGGUGCUGUGAUCGGUAAGCUGCUCUGACAACUGAUGCUUAAAGUUAGUGUGGGAGAUAAGUUUCAGACACAGACCUUGUUUAUAGUAGUCUUUGACAUUUACUGAUCAGAUCACUGAUAUAUACAGUUGAAGUCGGAAGUUUACAUACACCUUAGCCAAAUACAUUUAAACUCAGUUUUUUCACAAUUCCUGACAUUUAAUCCUAGUAAAAAUUCCCUGUCUUCGGUCAGUUAGGAUCACCACUUUAUUUUAAGAAUGUGAAAUAUCAGAAUAAUAGUAGAGAGAAUGAUUUAUUUCAGCUUUUAUUUAUUUCAUCACAUUCCCAGUGGGUCAGAAGUUUACAUACACUCAAUUAGUAUUUGGUAGCAUUGCCUUUAAAUUGUUUACCUUGGGUCAAACGUUUCGGGUAGCCUUCCACAAGCUUCCCACAAUAAGUUGGGUGAAUUUUGGCCCAUUCCUCCUGACAGAGCUGGUGUAACUGAGUCAGGUUUGUAGGCCUCCUUGCUCGCACACGCUUUUUCAGUUCUGCCCACAAAUGUUCUAUAGGAUUAAGGUCAGGGCUUUGUGAUAGCCACUCCAAUACCUUGACUUUGUUGUGCUUAAGCCAUUUUUCCACAACUUUGGAAGUAUGCUUGGGGUCAUUCUCCAUUCGGAAGACCCAUUUGCGACCAAGCUUUAACUUCCUGACUGAUGACUUGAGAUGUUGCUUCAAUAUAUCCACAUAAUUUUCCUUCCUCAUGAUGCCAUCUAUUUUGUGAAGUGCACCAGUCCCUCCUGCAGCAUAGCACCCCCACAGCAUGAUGCUGCCACCCACGUGUUCUUCGGCUUGCAAGCAACCCCCUUUUUCCUCCAAACAUAACGAUGAUCAUCAUGGCCAAACAGUUCUAUUUUUGUUUCAUCAGACCAGAGGACAUUUCUCCAAAAAGUAUGAUCUUUGUCCCCAUGUGCAGUUGCAAACCGUAGUCUGGAUUUUUUAUGGCGGUUUUGGAGCAGUGGCUUCUUCCUUGCUGAGUGGCCUUUCAGGUUAUGUCGAUAUAGGACUUGUUUUACUGUGGAUAUAGAUACUUUUGUACCUGUUUCCUCCAGCAUCUUCACAAGGUCCUUUGCUGUUGUUCUGGGAUUGAUUUGCACUUUUACAUUUACAUUUAUGUCAUUUAGCAGACGCUCUUAUCCAGAGCGACUUACAAAUUGGUACGUUAAUCUCUAGGAGACAGAACGCGUCUCGUUCCUGAGUGGUAUGACGGCUGCUUGGUCCCAUGGUUUUUAUACUUGCGUACUAUUGUUUGUACAGAUGAACGUGGUACCUUCAGGCGUUUGGAAAUUGCUCCCAAGGAUGAACCAGACUUGUGGAGGUCUACAAUUUUUUGAUUUCUUUUGAUUUUCCCAUGAUGUCAAGCAAAGAGGCACUAAGUUUGAAGGUAGGCCUUUAAAUACAUCCACAGGUACACCUCCAAUUGACUCAAAUGAUGUCAAUUAGCCUAUCAGAAGCUUCUCAAGCCCUGACAUCAUUUUCUGGAAUUUUCCAAGCUGUUUAAAGGCACAGUCAACUUAGUGUAUGUAAACUUCUGACCCACUGGAAUUGUGAUACAGUGAAUUAUGUGAAAUAAUCUGUCUUGUUGGAAAAAUUACUUGUCCUGCAGAAAGUAGAUGUCCUAACCGACUUGCCAAAACUAUAGUUUGUUAAAAAGAAAUUAGUGGAGUGGUUGAAAAACGAGUUUUAAUGACUCCAACCUAAGUGUAUGUAAAUUUCCGACUUCAACUGUAAGUGAGUGGAUAGAUGAAGACAUGGUUUCCAACCCUCCAUUGCUUUCACAAACCGUACUGUGUCAGAUCAGUGAUUUCCUCAAGGACAGGGAGGAAGGAAAGGUGCAUUUUUUAAAGUAUUCAAAAAGGGCCGAUGAAUUAGAGAAGGGGAGAUAUGGAGUAUUUUGAAGCAUCUAAAAGGCAUCGCAUUUGUCUGAAUGCCUCUGUUUUCUAGAUAAGGUCCUAGUGUCAACGUUUCGUCAGUGUGUGGUGCCCCCGCCCAUGUGUGCCUACGACCUUCAGCUGCCCGCCCCCGUCAACCUGGUGACCUUCCAGCGCCAGAGCACCAAUGAGCUGGCAGCGCUCACAGCCGACGGACACAUCUCUGUCUAUGGCCAAGGUGGGCCACCUGAAGUUUCCUAUCUUAUUGCUCAGCCAUUAUUCUUCUCUUGAUACAUGCAUCUCUAUGGUCGCUUUUUCCUCUACAUCUCUUUUCCCACUCACACUGUGCUGUUAAUUCAUUAAGAUGGGUACUGGGUCCAUAAAGUCUGGUUGUGUGUUCAGGUACUGGGGAACAGAGUGAGCCUGCAGCCGGAUUGAGAGGAUUCCGAUCUGUCACACACCCUCCCCAGCUAAAGACAACUUACAGGUACAAUUGGGACAGUCAUUCAUCCAAAGCCUUUUCUAUUAUGACCCUCACACUACAUAUGUGGCUGUGUUGCGUGAUGCAGGGUUGCGGUGGAUCAGGAGGAGCCCCUGGCUCUGCGUCUGCUGCUGUGGCUGAGGGAUGAUGUGUUCCUGGGGGUGGUGGGCUGUACAGAGGGGCCGUCCCAGUCCAAGCUGCUCAUCCUGGGACCCUCAGAGGCCCAGGGCCCCCAGCCAACCUUGGAGAUCAGGUAUGAAGGAAUUAUAGUUGACGACAACAACGCAACUUUUACCUGCUGUCAAAUGUCCCCCUAACUGUUUCUAUCCCCAGGUCACAUGUGGAGGUGGAAGGUCACGUGAUCAGCAUGUGUCACAGCUCCAAGACGGGCACGGUGGCAUUGCAGCUGGAGGAUGGUCAGAUCAGGAAGUUCCUCUGGGGUCAGUAACGACUACUUCCUGGAUUAUGAGAAUAUUGCUUGUAGACUUGCUUGCAGAGUUCGAUCAUGAGAUGUAUUUUAUGUCUCCAGCUGUACAUUUGAAAAAUGAUCAAAUAGGAUUCAAAAAAAUGAAUGGACCUGUGUAUGGUGUCCCCAGACUCUCUGAAGCCUAGUGUCGUGGAGUGGCAGGACUCAACAGGCUGCCGACUCAACUUUCCAGAUCCCUGUGUGCAGACGGCCCUCUUUACCAUAGAAGAGGUAAGGAAACAAUCUAACUGAAUACUGUUCUCACAGAAAAUGUCAAUAUUACUAUAAUUUGGUGAUUUGAUAAUGUUGAUUAUGUGCCAAAAGUACCUACCUCCUGGUCUCUAAUCAAGGGGAUUUUUUGGUAAUGUCAACAGGAGCAUCUGCUAGGGCUUACGGACCGAUCUCACCUGUUUGUUGGCGAGACAGAGGUAUGUCUUGUUUUGCUUUGGUGAUUCAGCACAAAGGCAGAGUUACCAUUGUGAUUGAUGCAAACACACCUCUUACUUUAAUUAAUUAGCUGCUGGGCCUCCCGAGUGACGCAGCGGUCUAGGGCACUGCAUCGCAGUGCUAGAGGCGUCACUGCAGGCCCGGGUUCGAUCCCGGGCUGUAUUACAACCGGCCGUGAUCGGGAGUCCCAUAGGGCGGUGCACAAUUGGUCCAGCAUCGUCCGGCUUAGGGGAGGGUUUGGCCGGGGGGGCUUUACUUGGUUCAUCACGCUCUAGCGACUCCUUGUGGCGGGCCGGGCGUCUGCAGGCUGACCUCGGUUGGCAGUUGAAUGGUGUUUCCUCCGACAUGUUGGUGCGGCUGGCUUCCGGGUUAAGCGGGCGGGUGUUAAGAAGCGUGGUUUGGCGGGUCGUGUUUUGGAGGACACAUGACUCGACCUUCGCCUCCCGAGCCAGUUGGGAAGUUGCAGCAAUGAGACAAGAUCGAAAUUGGGGCGAUAAAGGGGGUAAAAAAUAAAAUAUUUAAUUAAUUAGCUGCUUGCCCCACUCAUGUAAUGCAAAGUUGAGUCAUAUUCAUUAAAAACAUUUGACUUUAUUCACCAACCUGAUUGUGUCAUUGCCUCCCUCUGUUCUUCAUCCACAGGUGGCCUCCAACGUUUCCUCCUUCGUGGUCUACGAUGACUUCCUACUGCUCACCACACACUCGCACACAUGCCGCUGCCUCCGACUCAGCACACUCACUGUCAAAGGGCUGCAGGUGGCCUUGGCUGCAGACGGUCAGAAUCAGAAUGACCAGAAUGACGAGACUCUCCGCAGGGUGGAGAGGGGCUCCAGAAUCGUCACUGUGGUGCCCCAGGACACCAGGCUCAUCCUACAGGUCUGAACAGUUCCGUCUGUCAUAAAACAGAUUAAAAUCCCAGGUUACAUCAUUGCUAUUACCCAUAUUGUUUAGCGCAACAUCCCUGGUCGUGUUGAUGUUGAACGUGUUGGAUGGGUGUCUGCAGAUGCCUCGCGGUAACCUGGAGACCAUCCACCAUCGAGCGCUAGUAUUGGCUCAGCUCAGAAAGUGGCUGGACAGUCAGAAGUUCAGAGAGGCCUUUGAGUGCAUGAGGAAGCUGCGGAUCAACCUCAACCUGAUCUACGACCACAGCCCCAAGGUAGGUAAACACACAACCAGGUCACUUCUUCUUUUUCACCUAACCUGUCUGUGACCUUCUGGUGUGGAAUGGCACAUACAACAAGACUGUUUUUCCUUUCUGGCAGGUGUUUUUGGAAAGCGUGGAGACCUUCCUGAGACAGCUAGACUCUAUCAAUCACAUCAACCUGUUCCUCACAGAGCUCAAGUAAGAACCUUUAACCUUUUUGUUUUUUACAACAAUGACAAACGAUGCCCAUUUGUAAUACAUUUUAGGAAAUUGCCAUUCGUUUCAGUAUGUACUUAUUUUUUUACUUUUUUAGGGAGGAAGAUACCACUACAACAAUGUACCCUUGUUCAGUGAACACUACAGGCCAGUCAGCCCCUGUGGCUUGUGGGAAAAAGGUGGAUAUUGUGUGUGAUGCGUUGCGCUGCACCAUGGAAUCUAUGGACCAGCACAAGUGAGUGCGCUCUUGAUAUGGAUUAUCCUUUUUGUCAAUGAAAACCAAUAAAAUGUGAUUUUGUAUUGCACUAUUUACAGAGCAUUUUAACUAGUAUUGUACUCAAAUCAUGUUUAUUUCACAAGAUUCUUGAUUGAGAGAAUAAUACUGUCGUUAUAACCCUCAGGUAUUGUCUGUCUAUUUUGACAUCACAUGUGAAGAAGACUGUUCCUGAGCUGGAGAUUGCCCUGCAGAAAGUCCACGAGCUUAGAGGUAAAACGGACACGAGCAGAUCAGCAAGAGGAAGAAAUUGUUAACAAGAUAUCUGAAAUCUAUGUUUGUAACCUGUGUAUUUGUAGUGAACCCACCCAGUGCUGCCAACGCAGUGAGUGCGGAGGAGGCUCUGAAGUACCUGUUGUUCCUGGUCAAUGUCAACGAGCUGUAUGAACACUCUCUGGGCACCUACGACUUUGACUUGGUCCUCAUGGUGGCCGAGAAGUCCCAAAAGGUGAGUGACAGUAGUACUUCACUGUACAGAACAGCACCUAAACAGUACCUAAUAGCUACCCUGAUGAAGCCAUUGCUGCAGAAACUUUGGUGGACGACUGGACGUUCACUGCAAAUAGAGAAAAGACUGUGCUACUUACAUGUAUUUUUAUGGGUAUUAAAGCGGUUGAUUCUCCUUUGCCUUCCCAAACAUUCAAGGACCCCAAAGAGUACCUUCCCUUCCUGAACAUGCUGAAGACAUUAGAGCCCAAUUACCAGCGCUACACCAUCGAUAAACACCUCAAGAGAUACAGGAAGGCCCUGCAUCACCUCAGCAAGUGUGGUGAGUGUCUCCUGCCAUAGUCAUCUCAACGUGUCAUUACGUGGACAAUUAAUUAAUUGAACUUCAUUGAAAAGAAGGACCUAAACUGGGUGUGGUGUUUUGUGCCAGGUGAGGAGCACUUCAACGAGACCCUAAAUCUGGUGAAGGACCAGAGGCUGUAUAGUGAAGCCCUGGGGCUCUACCCAACAGACAGCCCUCAGUACAAGGUAAUGCGUUAUCACACAUUUAAAAAAAUAAGUAGCCGCGCUGUGUGCUACUGUUGUCUAUGACCUCUAACCCCUGACCUCCAACCCUGACCUCUAGGCGCUGAGUUGUGCCUACGCCGAGUACCUGGUGGAGCAGCAGCAGGCGGAGCAGGCAGGGUUGUUGCUGUGGCGCUGCGGCGAGGCGACCCGCGCCCUCCAGGCCUUUGUGGGCAGUGCUAGCUGGAGGAACGCCCUCUGUGUGGCAGAGCAGAUCCCGCUGCCAUCCGACCAGCUGGCACUGCUGGCCAGGGACCUGGCAGGUACAGUGGCUACCCACGUCUGGCACUCAGCGCCUCACAGCUCCACCAUCAAGUCUUUAAUGUUGCUGUUAUAUUCAAUCUGUGUUGCUCAUUUGGUUUCAUAUUACCCCCUAUCAUUUCAGAGAAACUGAUAGAGCUCAGAAGAUAUACGGAGGCGGCCAUAUUGUUGGAGCGGUAUGCCAAGGACUGUGAGGAGGCCAUAUCAGCUCUAAUCACAGGUGCAGUCUGGGAAGAAGCACUUCGACUGGUGAGUUAACAAGAUGGCCUCCAUCGUGCAACACGCUCUUCAAACUCUGCCCAAACCAAGACAAAAUGACAUUCUCUUUUGUCUGUACUAGGUGUAUUUGUACAACAGACAAGACAUCAUUGAAACAAACCUCAAACCAGCUCUCUUGGAAGGUAAACCCCCCUUUUCCAUUGGUGAAUUGAAAUGCUCUUGAUGACAAUGUGCUAAUUAUUUUUCAAUGUGCAGUAUAUUCAUUAAAUAGGUCAUCAAUUUGGCACCAAAUAUAUAUACAUUGUUUUUAUGAACACUGUCUUUAGCAUGUAGUUCUCAGACCUCCUACCUGGAAGUUCAGAGGGCGAUGUUCACUCGUCACAAAACCCGUCUGGCUGUGGUACGGGAGCUUAAGGAAAAAGCCAGGCUGGAGUUACUGGGUAUAUACCAUUCAUUGUUGCAUUACUUACACAAGGAUACAGUUUAUAAUCGUUUUAAGGCUCUGAGAAUGGGCUUGUCCAUGUUAUAUUGACCUGCCUCCCUCGCUCGGUUUCUCCCUUUCUCUUGUUCUGUCUCCCCAUCCCUCCUUCUAGAUGAGGAUGUCCCAGACUGUCCAGAGGCAGAGCUCUACUCAGAGGCCAGUAGUGUGAUGACAGGCAGCCAUGCCGGCUCCAAGUACUCACAUAGUAACUCCCGCAUCUCCUCGUGAGUCAGCACUUUACACAUCUGUAUAAAUUACAUGAAAUACCUAGUGGGGGUAGAGGUGGGUUUGGGACUUGGGAGUAAGGUGUCAGCUGUCUCACUAUGAGAGAGGAACUGACCUCUGUCUCUCAGGAGGUCGUCUAAGAACCGCCGGAAGGCCGAGCGCAAGAAGCUGAGUCUGAAGGAAGGGAGCCCCCUAGAGGACAUGGCCCUACUGCACGCCCUGGCAGAGAUCAUCCACUCUGUGGACAAGAUGAGAGGUGGGAGAUGCACAUUAUUUUCUUACCGCUUCUCCCUUUCUUUGUCUCGCUCUCUCUCGCUUUCAUCCAUUUGGCCUACUCUCACUCAUAAUGAUGGGCAUUUCUCUGAAAUCCUCAAUAGAAUUACAGUUAUCUGGUUGGAAUCGUUUUUAAUCGUCUCAUUCAUAUUUGUUAUAGUGCUACUUAAAGGGUAGAGUGGUGUGGGCAGCUCCUGUGUGAUUUACAUUGUUUUGAUCCACCCCUGCAGAGGAGGUGCACAGCCUGCUGAAAGCCCUGGUGCUGUUCCAGUUUGACGGACAGGCAGGGAGGCUGCAACAGGCCUAUGGGGAGGCUCUCCAAAUGAUAGAGGUGGCCCUUCCUGAGGUGUGGCAGGAGGGUCUUCAGCAGACCCAGGCCCCGGUGAGAGAGAGAGAGAGACACACACACACACACACACACAGACUUGUUUUUAGAAAUAGUUAAUUUACCCUGUGUUUUCAUUUUGUUCUUCAGAUCACAGGUCCUAACUCCACAGCCAACAGCAUCAUGGCUUCAUUUCAACAGCCAAGACCCUCAGCAACCCAAGGUCAGUUUUAGUAAUAUUCCUAUUUAUUGCUAUUGAAAACAUAGUAUUUACUUAUUUGUUUAGCAAUACUAGGUGCUAAAGUCAUAGUCAGGUCCAUAAAUAUUUGGACAUUGACCAAGUUCUUAUUAUUUUAGCUGUCUACCACAGCAUAUUGGAGUUGAAAUUAAAUAAUGAAUAUGAGCUGAAAGUGCAGACAUUCAGCUUUAAUUUGAGGGUAUUUACAUCCAAAUCGGGUGAACGGUGUAGGAAUUACAGCACUUUUUAUAUGUGGUCCCGCCCUUUUUUAAGGGACCAAAAGUAAUUGGACAAUUGGCUGCUCAGCUGUUCCAUGGCCAGGUGUGUGUUAUUCCCUAAUUAGUUCAUUUACAAGUAAGUAGAUAAAAGGUCUAGAGUUGAUUUCAAGUGUGGCAUUUGCAUUUGGAAUCUUUUGCUGUUAACCCUCAAUAUGAAGUCCAAAGAGCUGUCACUGCCAGUGAAGCAAGCCAUCAUUAGGCAGAAAAAUCUAAACGAACCAAUCAGAGAGAUGGCAAAAACAUUAGGUGUGGCCAAAUCAACUAUUUGGUACAUUCUUAAAAAGAAAGAACAUACUGGUGAGCUCAGGAACCACCAAAAGGCCCGGAAGACCACGGAAAACAACUGUGGUGGAUGACAGAAUAAUGAUUUCCCUGGUGAACAAAAACCCCUUCACAACAGUUGGCCAUAUCAAGAACACCCUCCAGGAGGUAGGCGUAUCUGUGUCAGAGUCAACAAUGAAGAGAAGACUUCACCAGAGUAAAUACAGAGGGUUUACCACAAGAUGUAAACCAUUGAUAAGCCUCAAAAACAGGAAGACCAGAUUAGAGUUUGCCAAAAAAAAAACAUCUUAAAAAGCCUGUACAGUUCUGGAACAACAUCCUAUGGACAGAUGAGACAAAGAUCAACUUGUACCAGAAUGAUGGGAAGAGAAGAGUAUGGAGAAGGGAAGGAACUGCUCAUGAUCCGAAGCAUACCACCUCAUCUGUGAAUCAUGGUGGAGGUAGUGUUAUGGCGUGGGCAUGUAUGGCUGCCAAUGGAACUGCUUCCCUUGUAUUUAUUGAUGAUGUGACUGCUGACAAAAGCAGCAGGAUGAAUUCUGAAGUGUUUAGGGCUAUAUUAUCUGCUCAGAUUCAGCCAAACGCUUCAAAACUCAUUGGACGGUGCUUCACAGUGCAGAUGGACAAUGACCCAAAGCACACUGCAAAAGCAACCCAAUACUUUUUUAAGGCAAAAAGUGGAAUAUUCUGAAAUGGCCAAGUCAAUCACCUGACCUGAAUCCAAUUGAGCAUGCAUUUCACUUGCUGAAGGCAAAACUGAAGGCAAAACGCCCCAAGAACAAGCAGGAACUGAAGACAGCUGCAGUAAAGGCCUGGCAGAGCAUCACCAAGAAAGAAACCCAGCAUCUGGUGAUGUCUAUGGGUUCCAGACUUCAGGCAGGCAUUGGCUGCAAAGGAUUUGCAACCAAGUAUUAAAACUCACAAUUUAAUUUUUGAUUAUGUUAGUUUGUCCAAAUACUUUUGAGCCCCUAAAAUUGGGGGGCUAUGUAUAAAAAUGGUUUUAAUUCCUACACGGUUCAUACAAUAAUUUUGACAAAACCCUUAAAUUAAAGUCUACACUUAAAGCACAUCAUGAUAGUUUCCUUACAAAUCCAUUGUGGUGGCGUACAGAGCCAAAAUGAUGCAAAUUGUGUCACUGUCCAAAUACUUAUGGACCUGACUACAUUCUUAUUCCCCUUUUAGUUUAUUCAUAAAAUAUGCUCUUCCUCUUUGCAGAUUCAGAGACCCCACCACCCCCAAAGAUGAGAAAUGGUGUCAAGUGGAAGCUGAGUAUUCUGAAGUAGCUUUUUGUCAUCACUGUUAUCUUUUUUUAACUGUAAAGCAAUCAAUCAUCUUAUCAUAAAUGUAGCCUAUUAAUAAAGAUGUAUACUGGAUCUCUUGUCCUUCUUGUAUGACUAAGGUAUUAUGAACAGAGCUCUGUGUUGUUAAAUGGUCUCAAAAUAAUGUCGGUAAUGGGUAUGUGGUUAUAACUUAUUCAUAUUAUCACAGAUAUGGAAAAGGCAGACA